AUGUCAGCGUCAAUUCGGCUAUCACGAGACGACGGCAAGCGAAUGCCACUGUCGCUGUCAUCUGAGAUCGGCGAGCAGCUGCAAAUGGCUACGUUGAAGUCAGCAACGGCUGCGUUACUGGCCAGCGAUGAUGCAAUAACGGUGCACUACACGGACUCCGACGGUGACGCCGUGACAGUUGCUAGUGAUGCGGAUGUGAAGGAACUGGUUGACUACAUGGUUGAAGAGGGGCUGGAGCGAGUUACGGUGCUGGUCGCGCGGGUUGGAUCUGCGUCAAAGAAUGCGGCACCGAAGCAUCUGCUGAGCAUCGUGAAGGCGACAAAAGAUAUGGACGCCAAGAAAUCUAUGCCAAAGGACCUGCUCGCGGCACUGCAAGGUGAAGAGGUCACAAAGGUCGCAGAAGACUUGUGUGCUUGUGACGAGUUUAUGCACUUGGUGGACGUCGUGGAGACGGCCCGUGUUGUGUCUCGCUGCCCAGCGUUCAAGCCUUUGCUGGUGCAAGGUGUCAAACAGUGUAUAACAAGCCUUGUCCGCCUGGGCAAUGAAAGGGCGGCUGUUGAUAGGCUAAAAUUGCCUAAAGCCAGCAGUGGCUCUGGCGAAGAAGAUCAGAUGGUUGAUUUUCGAGACAUACCGGUGCAUUGUGGAAUCAUGUGCGAUGGUUGCCAGCAAGUGCCAAUCUUGGGUGUUCGCUGCCAGUCUCUCGAAGAGCCGAAUUUUGAUGUCUGUGGAGACUGUGAAGCCGGUGGCAAAUGGGUGAGCCGCGAACCGUUUAUCAAGAUCAAGGAUUCGUCGCGCGCGCCAACAUCCAAAUGUACCUCUGGAAUUGCGGUUCACCGACGUGUUAAGUGCGACGGAUGUGGUAUGGGUCCGAUUGUGGGCAUACGCUACAAAUCGACGGUAGUCCGUGAUAUUGACUUUUGCGAAGCUUGCAAGGCGAGCGGUAGGUGGACAAAGAUGUUCGCACCGUUUAUCGAGAUCAGAAGGCCGGUAGAUUGUACGCGUUGA